GUGUGUGUGUGUGUGUGGUACGAAAUCCUACAAUUACUUUAGUUCGCAUUCCACCACCAGAUGACAGUCUCAUCUUUUGUUGCCCAUCUUAUAUACAGAGUUUUCACUUUCCUUAGUAUAUGUUCUAUGGGGACAGCACCCUCAGACUUGUUCUGCUGGUUGAAUCGUGGUUUGUGUUGGCGCCGUUCAGAAGCCGCGACCGUUUUCUAGGAGUAUCAGUAUCAGUAUCAAUUGUUUCUGCCGGAAUCGUGUUAGUAAAUUGCAUUUGAUUGUGUAGAUGGAUUAAUUUAUGUAAACAUGGGUAUCAGCGGAUUGUUACCAUUUUUAGAAAAAUCUUCUAAAAGAACAAAUAUCAGAGAAUUUUCUGGUUGUACUGUUGCUAUUGAUUCUUAUUGUUGGUUACAUAAAGGUAUAUUUUCUUGUGCUGACAAAUUAUUAAUGGGGCAAACAACAAAUGCAUAUGUUUUAUAUUGUAUGAAAUACAUAAAUAUGCUUUUAAAGUAUAAGAUAAAGCCUAUUUUGGUCUUCGAUGGUCGACGAUUGCCCGCCAAGGAGCAAACAGAAAUUAAAAGACGGGAGUCUAGACAAAUGAAUCGUCAUAAAGCAACUCAAUUUAUACAAAUGGGUCAAACUGAAAAAGGAAUAAAUUUGUUAAAACGAGCUAUAGAUAUUACUUAUGAAAUAGCACUGGAAUUAAUUAAAUAUUGUCAAAAUGAAAAUAUUGAUUGCAUUACAGCUCCUUAUGAAGCUGAUGCACAAUUGGCAUAUUUAAAUAUUAAUGAUAUAGCUGAUGUUGUUAUCACAGAAGAUAGUGAUCUAACAUUAUUUGGAUGUAAAAAAAUAUUUUUCAAAAUGGAUUUUAAUGGAAAUGGAGUUUUGAUCGAACAAGACCGAUUAUAUUUAGCAAUGAAUAUGAAACCUGAACAAUUUGACAUGGAUAAGUUUCGCCAUAUCUGUAUUUUAUCUGGUUGUGAUUAUCUUCCUUCUCUCCCUGGUAUUGGCUUGGCAAAAGCACGAAAAUUUAUUACAAGAAAUACAGAUAAUAAUAUAUACAGAGCAUUGACACGCAUAGGACCGGUGCUGAAUAUGAAAUCAUUAGUUGUGACACAGGAAUAUAGAGAUGCUUUUAUAUUAGCUGAAAUAACUUUUAAAUAUCAAUUGGUGUUCUGUCCAUUACAAAGAAAGCAAAUACGAUUAAAUUUACCUCCGCCUGAUAUUACUGAAAAUCAAUUGCAAUAUGCUGGAAAGGAAUUAGAUGCAGAUCUAGCUUUACAAUUAGCUCUUGGUAAUUGCGAUCCAGUUACUUUAAAAAUGGUUCAUAAUUUUAAUCCGGACAAAAAUGAACGAAAAAGAAAACGAGAUGUAGAAAUAAAAGACGUAACGAUGAUUCAAACCAGCAUUUGGUCAGACAAAUACAAAUUAAAAAUGAAAUAUCAGAUCUGCUCUCCCGAAAACGUAGUGAAAUUAUCAAUUGAUAGAAAAAAACUUAGUAAAGAAAGAGUUUCUAUAAAGGAUAUGUAUAUUUCAUUAAAUUCAUAUAAUGAUUUAAUUAUACAAAAUGAUAGGUUUUCAGAAUGUCAAGAUUUAAAUGAAACUGCUAUGUUGGAUAUGUAUAAUUCAAAUCAAGAUGCUAAACUAAUUGUUAGUCCUAAAAAAGAAUCAAAAAACUAUUUACGUUUAGCAAAUGAUAAUACAUCACCAGAAUUAAUUAGACAAAGAAAUCCAUUUAUUAAACAAGUAUCUGAUCCUACAACUUCACCAAGUAUUUUGUUCAAUGGAAAUUGUCGAAAAAAAGGAAGGAAUUUAAUGCAUAUGAGACGAACUAUCAUAAAUGAAAAUGAUGUGAUAGAAAGUAAAUAUUUUUCAAAGCAAGAUAAUAAAAAGCAUGAUAUAUUUGAAUCAGAAAAUAAGAAAAGUAAAAUUAACUUGAAAAGUACAAAACAUAAUACCAUUCCAAAUAUGGACACAAAUGUACAUAAAAUAAAUCAAGAAAAAUCAAAAACAUCUAUAACAAACGUUGUAGAAAAUGCAAAUUUGAUAGAAAUUAUUAAUAAUAUACCUUCAUUAAAUCAAAACAAAUGUUUAACUAACAAGGAUGUUUCUAGAAGUUCAUAUUCUAACAAUGGAAUAACUGAUAUAUUAAUGACACAUUGUACAACAAUUGAAAAAGGUUAUGCUUCAAAUAAUUGUUUAGUAUCAUCAAAUUCUAUUAUAGCAAUUAAUAAUGAUGACUUAACUAAUUAUGAAAAUGCAAUUAGUUUACAAAAUGAUUUAUCCAAAUGGUCACAUACAGAGAAUGAUCAAAUAUCCUAUAAAAGAGAUAUAUUUAAGAAACGACCGAAUCUGGUAUUACAAGCUAAUUCAAUAACAAAAAAGAAUCAAUUACGUCAAAAUAAACAAUUGACAUCACUUUCCAAACAACAAAGUUUAUUAAGCAUGUACGGGUUUCAAAAAAGCAUACGUAGAUUCAUCUUUCAAGAAUACUUUAACCGAAUAAUCAUCAUCAACCACAGGAAAUCACGGCCGAUGAUAAUGUGCACGCUUGGAAACUCAGACACAAUUACAUGGCAGGCAUCUCCAUAACUCCAACACAGAACCAGACUGUAUGUGGUAUCAUCUUUUUGCUGUGCCAGUCAAUUUAUCUGAGGCUGCCAAUAAAGUUAUU